UUCUACCCAGGUGUUAGGAUUUCUCUCUAAUCGGGUAGCACAAUAUAAAAGACCCUUGUGAGUACUGGAGGGCAACAAACAUCUUCUGGAACUGUGGCUCCUGCUUGCAAGUGAAAACAAUCCAAUCUCCUCAACUUGUUUCAGUAAUGUCUGGACGUGGAAAGAAGGUUGCUGCCGUGAAGGCCAAGACCUCUGUUUCCAGGUCUGCCCGUGCUGGUCUGCAGUUCCCUGUUGGUCGCGUGGCUCGCUUGCUGCGCAAAGGCAACUAUGCUCCCCGUAUUGGAAGUGGCGCAGCGGUGUACCUGACUGCAGUGAUCGAGUAUCUCUGUGCUGAGAUUUUGGAGUUGGCUGGCAACGCUAGCAGGGACAACAGGAAGAAGAGGAUUGGCCCUCGUCACGUUCAGCUUGCCGUGAGAAAUGAUGAGGAGCUCAACAAACUGCUUGGAGAGGUGACCAUCUCUGAGGGCGGCGUUCUUCCAAACAUCCACGCUCAGCUGCUGCCCAAGAAGACCCAGAGGGCAGAAGAGUCCAGCAAAGAUGUCAAUUCGCAGGAAUUUUAAAGACUCAUAAUGCAACUAAAUGGGUUUUAAACAUUUUCAUCUCUAUGUAUUGAAAUGCAGUGCAUCACUUUAUUCACAUUUUCAAAUAAAUGACUUUUUUUUUAACUUCAGU